AAAACGAAGAAAUGGAUGAACAAAUGAAAUACGAGAAAUUGAAAGAAAGAAAAAAAAUCAUUUUCCUUAUCUUUUUAUGGUCAUAAGAAGAAGAGAUGGAAAGUGAAAGGCGCGUGGAGUGCACGCGCAGCUCAAGUGUCAAUCCAGUCACAAUCAAAUGGAAGAAGCACAAGUUUUAAUUCAACCUCUUCGGCAAUGAAGAAGAGGACGAAUCCACGAGGUCCACCAAAUUCCUGCAAACUUCCAAAACACCAUCUCAAAUAUCCACAUUCUCCGCCAUUACCCUGAACCGUUUCUCGAGUUGUUUCUCUCAUGUUCCUAUGCUUUUGCCCUUGCCACGUACCUAUCAUGAGUCGCCUUUCUCCGGCCACCGGAAUCUCUUCCCGCCUCCGCUUCUCCAUUGGUUUGAGUUCCGAUGGACGAUUAAUUCCCUUCGGAUUCCGGUUUCGGAGAAACGAUGUCCCGUUUAAACGCCGCUUGAGAUUUGUGAUCAGAGCGCAGCUCUCUGAAGCUUUUUCUCCCGAUUUAGGUUUGGAUUCUCAGGCUGUGAAAUCCCGCGAUACAUCAAACUUGCCUUGGAUUGGUCCAGUUCCAGGGGACAUUGCUGAGGUUGAGGCGUAUUGUAGAAUUUUUAGAUCAGCUGAGCGACUACAUGGAGCGUUGAUGGAGACACUAUGCAACCCUGUGACUGGUGAAUGUCGAGUACCGUAUGAUUUCUCACCGGAGGAAAAACCAUUGUUGGAGGACAAAAUAGUAUCAGUGCUUGGUUGUAUAUUAUCUCUUUUAAACAAAGGAAGGAAAGAAAUUCUCUCUGGGAGGUCAUCUUCUAUGAAUUCAUUUAAUUUGGAUGAUGUUGGGGUUGCAGAGGAGUCGCUUCCACCACUUGCUGUUUUCAGGGGUGAAAUGAAACGGUGUUGUGAAAGCUUACACAUUGCUCUUGAGAAUUAUCUGACGCCGGAUGAUGAGAGAAGUGGAAUUGUUUGGAGGAAAUUACAGAAGCUUAAAAAUGUCUGCUACGACGCUGGUUUUCCACGCAGUGAUAACUAUCCUUGUCAAACACUUUUUGCGAAUUGGGACCCUAUUUACUCGUCAAAUACGAAAGAGGAUAUUGAUUCCUACGAGUCUGAGAUUGCAUUUUGGAGGGGAGGACAGGUAACCCAAGAAGGAUUGAAGUGGUUGAUAGAAAACGGAUUUAAAACAAUUGUUGACCUGAGAGCUGAAAUCGUUAAGGAUACAUUCUACCAGACGGCACUUGAUGAUGCAAUUUCCCUUGGGAAAAUUACAGUGGUGCAAAUUCCAAUUGAUGUCAGGAUGGCUCCUAAAGCUGAGCAGGUCGAGCUGUUUGCUUCUAUUGUAUCAGAUAGCAGCAAAAGACCGAUAUAUGUUCACAGUAAAGAAGGUGUUUGGAGAACUUCUGCGAUGGUUUCUAGGUGGAAGCAGUACAUGACACGACCGAUCACGAAAGAAAUUCCAGUUUCAGAAGAGUCAAAGCGUCGGGAGGUUUCUGAAACUAAGCUUGGAUCAAAUGCUGUAGUAUCUGGUAAGGGUGUACCUGAUGAGCAGACUGAUAAAGUCUCUGAAAUCAAUGAGGUUGAUAGUAGAUCUGCUUCAAGCCAGAGCAAGGAAUCUGGAAGGUUUGAGGGAGAUACAUCUGCAUCAGAAUUUAAUAUGGUGAGCGAUCCUCUUAAAUCUCAAGUUCCACCAGGCAAUAUUUUUUCAAGAAAAGAAAUGUCUAAAUUCCUGAAGAGCAAAAGUAUUGCUCCUGCUGGUUAUCUUACUAAUCCGUCCAAAAUAUUGGGAACAGUGCCAACUCCACAAUUUUCAUAUACUGGUGUGACAAACGGAAAUCAGAUUGUUGAUAAAGAUUCGAUAAGAAGACUUGCGGAGACAGGAAACUCCAAUGGGACCCUUCUACCUACAAGUUCUCAAAGUUUAGAUUUUGGCAACGGGAAGUUUUCAAAUGGAAAUGUGCAUGCGUCUGAUAACACCAACAAAAGUAUAUCGGACAACAGGGGAAAUGGCUUCUCUGCAGCCCCUAUUGCUGUGCCUCCUAGUGAUAACUUAAGUCGCGCUGUAGGAUCCCAUUCGGUUCGAGAGUCUCAGACUCAGAGAAAUAAUAGUGGUUCCUCCUCGGAUUCCAGUGAUGAUGAAGCUGGAGCUAUUGAGGGAAAUAUGUGUGCUUCUGCCACUGGUGUAGUAAGGGUGCAGUCGAGAAAGAAAGCAGAGAUGUUCUUAGUCCGAACUGAUGGAGUGUCUUGUACAAGGGAAAAGGUGACAGAAUCCUCUCUGGCCUUCACACAUCCAAGUACUCAACAGCAGAUGCUUCUUUGGAAAACUACCCCAAAAACUGUCUUACUGCUGAAGAAGCUCGGGCAAGAACUGAUGGAGGAAGCUAAAGAGGAAGUCCAUGAAAAGUUGUUGGUCUUUCAAAUUUGUUUCCAGGCUGCCUCUUUCUUGUAUCACCAAGAGAAUAUGAAUGUUCUGGUUGAACCUGAGGUGCAUGAUGUAUUUGCCAGGAUUCCAGGGUUUGGCUUUGUCCAGACCUUCUACAUUCAGGACACGAGCGAUCUCCAUGAAAGGGUUGAUUUUGUGGCAUGCUUAGGGGGGGAUGGGGUGAUAUUACAUGCAUCAAACUUGUUCAAAGGAGCCGUCCCUCCCGUUGUUUCAUUUAAUCUGGGGUCUCUUGGAUUUCUCACUUCACAUCCAUUUGAGGACUUCAGGCAAGACCUCAAACGAGUCAUCCAUGGGAAUAACACGCUAGAUGGGGUUUAUAUAACUCUUCGAAUGCGUCUUCGUUGCGAAAUCUAUCGUAAAGGCAAAGCAAUGCCUGGUAAAGUGUUUGAUGUUCUGAACGAGAUUGUUGUUGAUCGAGGAUCCAACCCAUACCUUUCUAAGAUCGAAUGUUAUGAGCACGACCGUCUUAUCACGAAGGUACAAGGCGAUGGAGUUAUAGUAGCCACUCCUACAGGAAGUACUGCUUAUUCUACAGCAGCAGGAGGUUCCAUGGUGCAUCCAAACGUUCCUUGCAUGCUGUUCACUCCAAUCUGCCCACAUUCCCUGUCGUUCAGACCAGUUAUACUUCCAGAUUCUGCAAAACUCGAGUUAAAGAUUCCAGAUGAUGCUCGAAGCAAUGCAUGGGUUUCGUUUGAUGGAAAGAGAAGACAACAACUUUCAAGGGGAGAUUCGGUGAGAAUAUACAUGAGCCAACAUCCACUCCCAACUGUCAACAAAUCUGAUCAAACCGGUGAUUGGUUUAGAAGCUUAAUCCGUUGCUUAAACUGGAACGAGCGUCUUGAUCAAAAGGCUCUCUGAUGAUUGAUUGGUUCAUUUUAGUAAAAAGCAUCAACAAAUACAUAAACAUAGGGUCACAGGUCUGUUUGUAGUAUCCAGCCCUCCCUCUUUACUGUACAGAUUCAUAAUCUCUAUAAUUCACUACAAAGGGAAACCAUUACUGAAGAAAAUAUUCAUCUUUUU